AAUAUAGCACGAAAAAAGCUAUAAAAAGUGAAAAAUGUUCUGGGGAAUAAGUCCAGCCCUUGAUCUUCAAGAGGAGUAUCUGAAACACGGUGAUAAAAGUGCUUACGAACUGAAUUUUCUUGUGAUAGGUGGGUGUGAUGCAAGACAUAUCCUCAAAACGUUGGCGCAAGCUUAUCGGCAUACAAGACGAUAUAUGAACAUCUUCGUAAUAGACGGCUGUCCAGAAAUCAUCGCCCGACAAAUUCUCCUCCUAUCAAUGGCCUUGGAAAAGACGGAAAAAAGUGGUCUUCUAGAAAAAACCAGACGGUUUCUCGAAAUCUAUGGAAAUAUGAUUCUACGGUCUCCAACAUCAAGGUACGUCAUUGCAAAAGCGAGACAACUUGUCGGAAUGAUUACCAAUCCCGAGUACAUGAGCUGUCUCUUACCAUGUGUAUCAGUUGACCAGAUGAAGUAUCGCGAAAGAGAUUACAUGGAGAACCUUUUUAAUUUCUGGACAACUGGGAACACGAAUCAGUUUAACGCUACUGAAUUGUGGGACCAUAGAGUAAGAACAAGUCUGGGUGUCAGGUAUGAUAACAGAAUCGGUGUGUUUGAUUGGGAUUACCACAUGCGUAUGAAAGAGGUUGCGAGUCAGAUAUGCUUUCAAGAGUAUAAGCAUUUCAGAGAAUAUGGGAUUGCUUUUACUUGGUUGGAAACUGAGGUGUGUCGUCCAAAUGCCUCGUUGGCAGCUGGAAUUUAUAAGUGUGGGGAUAGGUUCCUUCAUCGUGGAUAUCUCGGAGAUUUAGUGACCUCCCCGUAUAUCGCUUAUGGACUCGAUUGCGAGGACAAGGAUAUGCUAAAAUCCACUCAUGGAGUGAACUACAAACGAGCAACAGAUGUUUCAGAGCGGAAUGUUAUGAGAAUGCUCUAUGAACUAGAAAUGCGUAAGCCUUUUGAUCCUAACGUGAUGAAUUUGGACACGAAACAGAAUUUAGGUAUGACUGUAUUGAGUCAACUCGAUGCAAAGAUUUCUGAAGGUGGGCCAGAAGCACCCAUACUCCUUCGUGAAAACCGCAACACGUAUAUAGAUAUUGAUUUUGGAAAAGUCCACUUUUUAUCACUCUCUGCUUUAGAUCAUUAUCCCCAUAAACCUCAAUUUCAAGGACUUUUUCACGGUGUUUUCGUUGGUCAUAAUGUUCUACCUCGGGUAAAGCCAAGUGUUUGGUCGAUGGCAAGAGAUGAUGCUGUUGUUAUUAUGGAAUCACGGAAGUAUGUCAUUGACUUGAAGAGAGAAGAUGUAAAGGCGUAUGGUGAUCAGAUACAACAAGCGGCGACCACCGCACAAUGCGAGAAGAUUGGCUCAUUUAAUCCCGAAAAGGAUGACUUUGCCAAUUUUCUAAUAAGGAGGAAAAGUGAGAGUACUGACCCUUUUGCGUAA